AUGAGUGACCGCGCCCUGUACGUCUUGGUGAUGCUCAAGGACGGCUUCUUUUCCAUCUUGGGUCUAGGCUUGGUGUUCCUUUCCACAAGCGGUAUAUUUAACAACUGUUAUUGCUGGAGCGCCUACAUGUGGCACCGCUUUCUUCCUGGGGACUGGGGCGAAGAGGCGUUUGUGCCACUCAGCACCGAACAAGCUUACGGCUUCAACGCGGUCAACAUUUACUCGCACGUCGUCUUCGCCUGUCUUGGUGCUCAGCUUGCCUUUUUUGCCUUUGUUGUCUUCCUGUGGUGGGACGGCAUCUAUGUCGUGCGGUGGAACGAGGAGCGUUGCCGCCAAGAGUGGAUCUCGGAGUCCAGCCGUCAAAUAGAGCAGGAUGAGGCAAGCUACUUGCUUUUCUGGUACAGGCAAAGUGAAUAUGACGAGGAGGAGAGAGUUCGGAGGCAAAGUCGCACUCAGUGGGACGAGGAUCGUAGAAGGCGCUCUGCGGGACGUAGAAGCGACCGCAUCAUGUCUCAGAGCUAGACGCCGGGCUCUAUGCAGCUAGAAGCUAGC